AAAAAAAAAAUUUUGGGUCAAUCUGAAUAAAGUUCUUAUUUUUAUGUUUUUGGUCAUUUUCUGUCUGGGAUUUCCAGCUUUUAAGUGCAGUCUCGGUUUAAUUAUGAAAAUUCAAACGAAGAAAGGAAAAAUAGGGACUUUGAUUAAUUAGAAAACGCAUCUUCUUCCCCUUCGCUUUCGACUUUCUUUUAGGGGUUUUAAACAAAGAACACGAGAAUCCACACGGCAAAUUAUGCAGGUUGACAGAAGCUAUCAAUGCAAAGAUGUGCUAAUCUUAGCUUAUCAGAGUUUUGGUGUACUCUUUGGUGACCUAAGUAUUUCACCACUUUAUGUCUUUAAAAGCACAUUCUCUGGGAAUUUGAGUAAUUAUCAAUCUGAAGAUGUCAUCUUUGGGGCCCUAUCUUUGAUUUUUUGGACUUUGACACUUCUUUCCUUGUUCAAACAUGUCAUUAUUUUGUUAAAUGCAGAUGAUAAUGGUGAAGGAGGAAUUUUUGCUUUGUAUUCGCUCCUUUGUAGGCACGCCAAGUUUUCUCUGCUUCCCAAUCAUCAAACAGCAGAUGAAGAGCUUUCUACGUAUCACAAUCCCCGUUACUCGUACAGAAAUCCGCAGUCUCUGACAGUCAAAAGGUUUGCUGAGAGGCAUAAAAAGGCAAAAACUGCUUUGCUUCUUCUAGUUUUGUUUGGUACUUGCCUGCUUAUUUGUGUUGGCUUUCUCACGCCGGCAAUUUCCAUUCGUUCGGCCAUUGAAGGGGUCAAAGUUCGAUCAAGCGAACUGCAUUAUGGUGUGGUGCUUAUCAUAGCCUGUAUUUUGUUGGUUGGCCUCUUUGUUUUGCAACACCGUGGCACCUAUAGAGUGGCCUUCAUGUUUGCCCCCAUUGUGAUUUUAUGGUCAUUGUCCAUUGCGGCUAUUGGUGUUUACAAUAUCCUUAAGUGGAAUCCAAGAGUUUACAAGGCCCUUUCUCCUUAUUAUAUCUACACAUUCUUUAGGGACACUAGAUAUGAUGGUUGGAUUUCUCUUGGAGGAGUUCUUUUGUGUGUCACUGGAGCUGAAGCUAUGUUUGCUGACCUUGGCCAGUACACAGCUGCAUCAAUAAGGUUAUCUUUUUUCUGCAUAAUUUACCCUUGUCUAGUGCUUCAAUACAUGGGGCAGGCUGCUUUUCUUUCGAAGAAUUUUGCCGCAGUAUCCACAAGCUUCUAUGCUUCUAUUCCAGAUUCUUUGUUUUGGCCAGUUCUUGUGAUGGCAACUUUGGCUGCAAUCGUCGCUAGCCAGUCUGUAAUCUCUGCCACAUUCUCUAUCGUCAAACAAUGCUAUGCCAUAGGAUGUUUCCCUCGUGUCAAAGUUGUACAUAAAUCGAAAUGGUUCCGUGGUCAGAUAUACAUUCCAGAGAUCAACUGGGUCCUUCUGGUUCUCUGUCUGGCAGUCACAGUUGGGUUUAGAGACAUUAAUCAUUUGGGAAACGCUUAUGGACUCACCUACAUGUCUGCAAUGUUUCUGACAACAUGGUUGACAGCAUUGAUAAUUAAUUUCGUGUGGGGUCAGAGUCUUGUGCUUGCUCUACUAUUUGCCCUCUUCUUUGGGUCAAUCGAGAUAAUCUUCCUAUCGUCGUCUUUUAUAAGAAUCUCUAAAGGCGGAUGGGUUCCUCUUGUUCUCUCUGUGAUCUUCAUGCUCAUCAUGUUCGUCUGGCAUUAUGGUUCUAGGAAAAAGUAUUUAUAUGAUUUUCACAACAAAGUACCCAUGAAACAAAUCCUGACACUGGGUCCUAGUCUCGGAAUUGUCCGAGUCCCAGGGAUAGGCCUUAUUUUCACUGCGUUGGUUAGCGGAGUUCCAGCCACAUUUACCCGUUUUUUAACCAAUCUACCGACAUUUUAUCAAGUGGCUGUCUUUGUCUGUGAGAAGACUGUUCUUGUACCAUAUGUCCCUCAAAAAGAACGGUACCUCAUAGGUCGUAUUGGUCCCAAAUCUUUCCGAAUGUACCGCUGCAUUGUUCGAAAUGGUUACAAAGACGUGCAAAAGAACGAAGAUGAUUUUGAGAACGACCUUAUCAUGAGCAUAGCAGAGUUUAUCCAACUAGAAGCUGAAGGCUCUGGCACACUCGAAGGAUCUGUCGACGGACGAAUGGCUGUUGUAAGGACAUCCGAAAAAUUCGGCAAAAGGUUAGAAAUAUCCGAACUCGAACGAAAUGGAGAAGCUAGCAGUUCAAUGCCCCCUACCAUUUUGAAUAGCAGCAAGUCACACAUAUUACAGUACCUCCAAUCCACAUACGAGAUGGAAUCACCUGGAUCCACCCUAAGGCGGCGUGUCCGAUUCAAGCUGCAACCAGACAUGAAUUACAGGGACCCGAACGUGAAGGAUGAGCUGUUGGAGCUUGUAGAAGCUAAGCAAUCUGGGGUGGCAUACGUAUUAGGACACUCUCAUAUAAAAGCAAAAAUGAAUGCACCAUGCUUGAAGAGAUUUAUGAUCCAUGUUGCCUAUUUAUUCUUACGUAAAAACUGCAGGGCACCUGCCGUGGUUCUCAACAUUCCUCAGACAUGUUUGAUUGAGGUUGGCAUGAACUAUUAUCUGUAGAACUACUACUUUCUUCUCAAAUAAUUGUUUCUUUUUUUAGUUUCCAAUAAGAGAUGUUGAGGAAGUUUUAGCUGUGUCUACAAAUUCUUUUUGCAAUAUCUUCUUAAAACAAAAUUAUAGGGAAUUAUUUUUGUUUCUUCAA